GCCUUGUUUGCCUAGCACUUGCUUGCCUUUCCCGGUCCAGUGUAUAUCGUAGUGUAGUGCAAUGACCGUGACCUUUUGAACUGAUGGGGAACGGCUGAACUGGAUUCGAAGGUACUCAAAAUGCAGCCGUUUCAAUCGACGACACGCCCCGAGGGGCCCCGUGAGUCCUCCCCGGAGAGGGCCAAGUCCCCAGACACGCCAACCACCCCGGUCCUCAACUUCUCCAUCGCGAGGCUCAUGGAGCCGGACAGGAAGAAAUCCGCCUCACCAGAACCCAUACCGCCGCCGAAUUUCCUCUCGUACGGAGCGCAUUUGCUGGAUUCGGCGUUUAAGCAAUACAUACCCGCAGCCAGAAGACAGUUGGUGUCACAUUAUCCGCUUUUGUAUUACGGCACUGACUUAGUCUCAUUAACAUAUGCACAUCAGUUAAAUCUUCCAAGACCGCCACCUGUACAGUCCCCAGUUCAGAGACCACCGAGUCCCCGUGCGCCGGCUGCUGAUCAUGCAGUUUCAUCUACCACGGGUCCCACACCGUCUCCAGCAAAAAACAAGAGCUUCGCAUGUGGAGACUGCGGUAAAGUGUUCAACGCUCAUUAUAAUCUAACAAGACAUAUGCCAGUUCAUACAGGAGCACGACCGUUUGUGUGCAAGAUUUGUGGAAAGGGCUUCCGUCAGGCGUCAACGUUGUGUCGGCAUAAAAUCAUUCAUACAUCCGAAAAGCCGCAUAAAUGUAUGACGUGUGGAAAAGCUUUCAACCGCUCUUCGACCCUGAAUACUCACGCGCGGAUCCAUGCUGGUUAUAAGCCAUUUGUGUGCGAGUUUUGUGGUAAAGGAUUCCAUCAAAAGGGUAACUAUAAGAAUCACCGUUUGACCCACAGUGGAGAGAAGGCCUACAAGUGUAACAUCUGCAAUAAGGCAUUCCACCAGAUCUAUAAUCUGACAUUCCACAUGCACACGCACAAUGAGAGGAAGCCGUUUACAUGUAGUAUAUGUGCAAAAGGAUUUUGCAGGAACUUUGACCUUAAAAAGCACACGAGGAAGUUGCACAUGGGUGCUGGUAAUUCGAAUAAUGAAUCAUCUUUGGAUACCCAGGACGAAUCAACGCAGGAGGCCACUACUAGCGCCGGGGAGGAGAGUAGUAGAGCUGCGUUCAGACCGUUCUUGGGGUCAUACCCCCGAAUCCUUGACCCGGCGCGAAUGACAGCGCCAAAUACGUUCUUCUCAAAGCUUUUGUGACCCGCGAGUUACUUUAAUUUUGGGGAACGCAAUGAAUGAAUUGAUUGAGGAUUUGAUUAGAACUAUAUUAAUUGUAAAUAGUUUAGUAGAAAUUUAUUGUAAAUAGAGGUGUAUAGUAGUAUUAG